UCUGAUUAACGGAUCCUUUUGCCAAUAACUUGAUGGAAAGAAGCUAGGACCACAGAGAACGUAACUGUACACAUUUAUUGGAAUACUACCAUAUUGAUAAAGUUUUGUGAAACUUUGUAUUAAAAUAAUUUGAGAGGGGGAAGAGUAGCUCAGUCCAAAGUGAAAACUCCUGGACAUGAAAUUAUCGGAAAACAGUGUUCAAACUUUUUUGAAACUUUGUAAAAUUUUGUAUUUAAACAAGCUUAAUAGGGAGGGGUAACGGCAACAUUAAAAGUUAUUUAAGACGUGUUUUUGGAAUUUAUAGUAUAAAAGUUGUGACACUUCCAGCCAAUAUACGAUGAUCUCUGCUGGCUUACUCCAGGACCUGACACUAGAUGUUCAGAAUGCCAGCUGAAGUGAUAACUACAGAAAGGUACGCCGUUUAUUCUACUGACGGUUCCAAUGACGACAAAUCCAUUUGUUCGGAGAGAAACAGCUUCAUUUAUCGUGAUCCAGAUUGUACCGAUUUAACUGACCUCAAACACUUAAAUGGUAAGAUACCAUCAAGUUCCCCAGCCCUCUCCACAACAACCAUUGAUAAAUGGGGAUCAUACUGGUCUAAAAGGGAAAGGUGUUGUUGCUUUUGGAACUUUCUACUUACAGUUUCUUUGAUAGUUACUGUGACAGUUGUGAUAUUGGCGACUAAAGGGGUUGUUUUCUCGAGUAAUGUCAACAGAAAUAAAUCUGGAAAUGCGCAUGAACAGGGAUUGCCAGGAUAUAUAGCACCCAUCAAUGUCCAGUGUACAAACCAGCCACCACUACCAAAGACAUGUGAAGACGAUGUGUGUUUGAAAAGUAGCUUGGACGUUCUUAGCAAAAUGAAUACAACUAUAGAUCCCUGCCAGGACUUUUAUUCCUACGCAUGUGGAGGAUUUAUGGACAAGGUUCGUUUGUCUUGGAACUCACCACGGAAGAGAAUGGAUCCUGAUUUCAUUAUGGAUAAACAUGUGCAUACAUUACUUGAUAGUCUUUCAGAAGAUAUUCAAAGAGCUGACUCGGGCGAGGUGCGUGUGAUUAAGAAAGUGUACAAGUCAUGUGUUCAACACAAAGAUGCUUCAUUAUUGCAAGUAAGACGAGUAAUUGAUUCCCUCGGUGGUUUCGAAUUUGGUUCCUCUGUAAGGACAAAGCAGUUAGACUUGACAACGCUGUUGUCAGAGGUGAUCUUGAAGUACGGAAUAUCGCCACUGUUUGAUAUGGAUAUAAGGAAAGAUGGAAAAAUUUGUAUCUACAACCAGUUCGCUGAUGAAACUGUGAAAAAGCGAUUGAAGUCUGGCAAGCCUAUACAUAGAUAUAAAUUCCUGAAACCAAGUGAUUUUUACUACAGGAACGAGGAUACUGAUUUGAUUCUCCAAGCGUACAAGAAGUAUAUCAGCGACUUCCUAGCGUAUAUAAUGGGGAUCAAUAGCACAGUGAUAAGUGACGAACGAUUCAUGUCCAUGGUGGAUGACAUUUAUCAUUUAAGCGUGUUUAUGAACAGGGUGUUCUAUACGGAAGAUGUUACCAUUUCAUCAGAUGAGAUGUCAAGAUGCAAGAGUUCAUUAAAUGCUGACGAGCUGCAGGCCAAGUACAACUACAAUAUUUCAUGGAACGACUUACUUUCUUCACUAUUCAAAAACACGCCGUUUUUCCAUAACUAUACAAUAUGCAAAGUGUCUCUAACGACUUCUCUAUCUGACGUUCUAUCUGGAUUUACUUUCACAACCCUUAAGCGAUAUAUAAUUCUCCAGGUUUUAACCGACAGCGAUAUUUCUCUUUUAUUGCCGACCCAAACACCAAAGUUUAAAAAUAUCUCCUGGAAUCACGGUGCCUUAUUUGGAAAAAACUAUGCUCAGCUGACAGAUUACGACUGUCUGAGACAAAUUUCCAAACAUUUACCCAUGUAUUAUGUGAUACUUAACCAUUUAUCGGACCAAUUAAAUGACACCCUGAUGAGAUUAUUUACAGACUUGAUCUCAAGUAUUGAAGGAAUAAUUAGAGAUCUAUACUGGAUACCAAUUAAGCAGAAACAAUAUUUGCUAACAGAACUUAAAGGCUUGACUAUGCAUCUCGAGUGGCAAAACACUGCCUAUGAAUCUCUUAUAACAUAUAUGCAAAACGUAACCGAUGAUUAUUUCGACAAUAUACAUCUGAUGAUAAAUUACAGAAUGAAAAGGUAUUUAAGUGGACAUGCACCACGAGUAUUUAUGACUGAGGAUUCUUCUAUAUUUUCUUUGACAGAUAAAGAGUUGGAGAUACCAGCUUCUGUGAUGCAAGUGCCCUUUAUAUAUGCUUCAGCUAUUCCCAGUUUGUGGCUCGGCUCCGCGGGAACCUACAUUUCACAAGCAAUAUCACAAUUGUUUGACAUUGAAGCCCUCUUACGAUUUCUGACGGAGGACAAAAUAGAUCACAAGGUGGCGCUAACUAUAGCUUUCCGAUUGCAAUGUCUUCUAGACGAGUAUAAUAAAUAUCAUUUACCUACAGAGAAUGGUGACCAAGAACAUAUUCGAGGAGAUCUGACAAAAAGUGCCAAUUUUAAAGACAGCCUUGCUCUUCGAGUGGUGUAUGAUACGUAUUCCAAAAUAUCAGAAGGCAAAGACAUAAAUCUAAACAUUCCAGGUGUCAAGUUUACCCACGACCAGUUAUUCUUUCUUUCGUAUGCGCAGAGUAUGUGUGAAAAGACAAGUAUACGAGGAACGAGACUUUACUAUAUUGAUACUGCCUCUACACACCAUUCACCGGGAAAAUACAGAGUUAUUGGUACAUUGUCGCACUUCAAGAAAUUUGCAGAGGCUUUCAGGUGUCCACCAAGUUCAGAGAUGAAUCCAAAGAAUAAAUGUACAUUUUUCUAAAAUAAAUGUGUUAUAUGCAAAAGCAUUUCUGAUUUAAAACUCUGUUGGACAAAGCAAAAGAUUUCAGGGAGCGUACAGAACUUCCAUGUCGAAAUCAAACUUUGGCGUGUGAUAUUUGAAUGAAAUAAAUCGCCCACAUGGCUGUGUACCUACAUGCAGCUGGAUUUCAACAAAACAAGACACAACAUCAUCAAUUGUCUAUAACGUCUGAUACGUACUGAAUACUUAUCACUUGCUUUCAGUGGCAGAAUGAACAUAUGCAAAUACUGAGCCUGUACGAAUGAGGUUGUUUAUAUUAAGCAGCAUCGAAACUUAUCGUAUCUUGUUAGUGAAUAUGCUGUGAAAUGUGCACGCUCGUUUGUACUGCUAGGCACUUUGCCGUAAUUGGGCUGGUACUGGUAUAUUGUGGUGGUGAUCUGUCCGUAAAAAUUCUCUCUACCUAAAGUAAUUCAUAAUUUGAACUAUAUCCUAGUGGAUCUUAUGUGUGGAAAAAUUAAGUCUUCUGAAUUUAAUUAUAUCAACAAUGUAUAAUAUUAUACAUCUGAUUGAAGAUACAUACUUUGACAGCAUGCGUAUACUUUCAUGAAAAUUAUUUAAUGAAAUAUACUAUCCUGUAUAUAAUAGUCAUUUGUAAGUCAGAUGAAUUGUUGAAUAAAAACAUUUAAAUUACUUUGUUAAAAUCUUUUAGCUUAUCACUGAGACCUAUUGAUGCAUGAUAACAAUUGAGU